AUGGCCAGUGAGAUGGCCAGUGAGAUGGCCAGUGAGAUGGCCAGUGAGAGAAACAGCCCAGCCCAGGGCCCAGCCCCAACAUAUAGGUCGGAGCCCAUGGAAGAUAUCCAGUACGGUUCAAUUGAGGCCAGCCACGAUGCCCAAGGACCGAGGCCAUCAUCGAGCGAUUCGGAGGCCAGUGGCCAGCGCAGUGAUAGCGAAUCGACUACAUUUCGAUCCCAAGUUCGAUCCACCAGUCCAAUGUAUCGGCGGAGUGUUGAACCAGGCAGGCACCACUUAGCCGCGCCAGAACGGCCGGUGCAGUCAUCAGGGCAUUCAGGAUCAUCAUUUCCCGCCCAGCUCAGCCAUUCAGCCCAGAUCAGCCAAUCACGCCCAGCAGCCCAGCUAGGCCAUUCAGGCCAUUCAGGCCAUUCAGGCCAUUCAGCCAUUCAGCACAGCUCAGCCAUUCACACCCAGCAGGUCAUUCACGCCCAGCAGCCCAUUCAGGCACAGCAGCCCAUUCAGGCACAGCAGCCCAUUCAGGCACAGCAGCCCAUUCAGGCACAGCAGCCCAUUCAAGCACAGCAGCCCAUUCAGCCCAGCUCAGCCAUUCAGCCCAGCCAGGCCAUUCAGGCCGGCAAGACCCGUUAUUACCCGCAAAUUCAGCUCCGUCCAUACCAACAGAGGCCGCCCAACGGUUUCAACGCCAGGACCGAGAGAGAGAGGCAGCCCGGGUGA